AUGAGCACUGAAGAGAUACUGCAGAAGCUAAACGAAUUUAGCUUGUCGGAUCUGGAUUUAGAUAGUGAUUCUGAAUUUGAAACAGAGGAUGAGACACAUCCAACCCAAGCAAGACAAAUAAGCCUGUCCAAGCCAUCGGAGAAGGAAGAUAUUGUGACAAGAUUCGCCGAUAAGAUCAAAACUGAACCAUUCAAAAAGGGACCACAGGUUACAAAAGAUAGGGCAAAGAGAGCAACUGUUGAGCAAGUAUUGGAUGCGAGAACAUUGAGAUUUUUAGGUAAAAUUUUUCGUUCUGGUCUUAUAACCAGAAUCAAUGGCUGUAUCAGUACGGGAAAGGAAGCAAAUAUUUACCACGGAACUCAUGAUGGUGAAGGAGAAACAGAGGAGUUUGCGGUAAAGAUAUAUAAAACCUCAAUUCUAGUCUUUAAAGACAGGAAAAGAUAUGUCGAUGGGGAGUUUAGGUUCAGAAAUACAAAAGAUCAGGGAAAUCCUAGAAAAAUGGUCAAAAUCUGGGCUGAAAAGGAAUUUAGAAAUUUGAAUAGAAUUUAUCAAAGCAAUGUGCCAUGUCCAAAACCAUAUGUAAUUAAAUCGCAUGUGUUGGUGAUGCAAUAUUUGACAAAGGGUGACGAUCAACCUUCUCCGAAGUUGAAGGAUUACUUAUUUAAAGGCGUUGAUGAUAUUAUCAAGUACUACCUCGAUAUGUUAAUUUGCAUGAGACGAUUAUUUCAGAACUGUCGCUUGGUUCACGCAGACUUGAGUGAGUAUAAUUCCAUUGUUCACGACGACAAGUUAUACAUAAUUGAUGUAUCACAGUCGGUAGAACCAGACCAUCCAAUGGCUCUUGAUUUCUUGCGAAUGGAUAUAAAAAAUGUGAAUGACUACUUUUCGAGACAGAACAUUGAUGUUUAUCCCGAAAAAUCAAUAUUCAAGUUUGUGACGGAGCCUUUGGGCAUUGAGGAUACAGAAAGUGAUUUAAAAUCCUACUUGGACUUCAUUCCCUUAAAGACGACAAAGGAUCAAGAAAUCGAGGAUGAAAUUUUUAGGUCAUUACACUUGGUUCGGUCAUUGAAGCAUUUAGAUGAAAGAGAUUUUCAAAAGUUUUCAGAGGGGGAUGUAGAUACAAUGAAAGAAUUGGUUGCACCAGCUCUACCGUCACAGGAUUCAGCACAGGGGUCUUUUGAAAACCGCGAUGAUGAAGAGCAAGACGAUGAUCAAGAAGAAGAAGGUGGUUCAAGCGACAGUGAAAGUGACGAGGAUUCUGCAACUGAUGGAAGUGAAGAUGAGCUAUCCGAUGACGAAGAACAUAAUAAACCCAAGGGAAAGAAGUUUGAAGAUAAAGACGAGAAGAAGGCAAGGAAGGAGGCGGUGAAGUUAGCCAAGCAAGAAAAGAGAAAGACCAAAAUGAAAAAGCACGUUAAAAAGAAACUCAUAAAUAAGCGAAAGGGUGCAAUCCACACCAUGCUUAACUUGUUUAAAUUGGUUGCUGUUUUUGUUGCAUUGUUUCAUCUCACAAAUGCUUUGCAUUUCUACGUAAAGACGGGUGAAACUAAAUGUUUCUUUGAAGAAUUACAAGUGGAUACCCUUGUUGUGGGAAAGAUCGACGCUUACGAGAAAAACGACCAUUCCAACGAUUAUACAAAGAACGGUAAAUUGAAGGUUCAGAUCACAAUUGAUGAAACAUUUGACAACAAUCACAGAGUUAUUGACCAGAAAUCAUCCCCUAACGGAGAAUUUACAUUUACUUCUUUAGAUUCAGGAGAACACAAGUUUUGCUUGACUCCAGUGUAUUCUGACAACACUCACAACAAGGACCACCGUAUUUUCUUUGAUGUUGUCCAAGGAUCCACCCACGACUAUGUUGAUUCCAAAUCUACCAAGCUGGUGGACGAGUUGACAAAAAGAGUAAAUAUUUUAUAUGACAAAUUGGACAAGAUUCAUUGGGAACAGGAAACAAUGAGAGAAAGAGAGGCCUUGUUUAGAGAUCAAAGUGAAUCUACAAACUCGAGAGUUGUAAAAUGGUCAAUUGUCCAAUUGUUUGUCUUGAUCGGAACUUGUGUCUACCAAUUGCGUCACUUGAAAUCAUUCUUUGUCAAGCAAAAGAUUGUAUAG